CUGAAAUGGAGACUUCCAGCCCUAGGUCUGUGCACCUGGAAGAAUGGCAGAAGAAUUACUUUGUAGUUACAUCCAGCACAUGUACACCAGGACAGAAGGCAGAUGCAUACCGUGAACAGAUACUAAGCAUUCAAUAUUCAUGUGCCAACUCGGAGAUCUCUCAGGUCUGUGCUACCAAACUGUUUAAAAGGUAUACAGAAAAAUAUUCUGCAAUUAUUGAUUCUGACAAUGUUGAAACUGGCUUAAAUAACUAUGCAGAGAGCAUUUUAGCUUUGGCAGGAUCUCAACAGGCUGACAGUAACAAGUGGCAAUCUGGAUUGUCAAUAAAUAAUGUUUUGAAAAUGAGUAAGGUACAGGAGAUGAUGCAAGCUGGAAAGAAGUGGAAAGAGUCUUUGCUGGAACCUGCUGAUGCAUCAGUAGUCAUCAGUAAAGAGCCCACUGUCUCUAAGCUUUCUAAAUUUAAUGUUUGUGGAAGUUCUAGAGAGGGUGACUUUUUAUCAAGUUUAGUUCAAGACACAGAUAGGACCCAAGCUAUCCCAGGCAGCAGUCUGGGACAUUUGAAGUUUCAGAGUGCUCUGCAGCCUACACCAACUAAUAUCACUAAGACUUGUCCCACCUCCUCAAAACCUUUAGGAGAGUCAGCCACUGCAACAUUUUAUACUACACCACUAUUUGGAAAUACCAAAAGGGAAACUGAAAGAUUUCCUAAAACCAACACAGGACCAAAUACUUUCUUAUCCAGUCUGUCUUGUUUUCCUUCUGGUUGUGAAAAUCCACGAGAAAGGAAGGUUUUUUAUGGUUCUGGCACCACUGACAUGCUUCCUGAUCCAAUACUGAAUAAGGCUUCUAGUAAAACAGAAGACAGUGACCAAAGGGAAGAUAAUAGUCUGCCUACCUUUAAAACUGCAAAAGAACAAUUACGGGAAGAUCAAAAAAAAAGGCGCCACCAAUCCCAGAAUGUAUCAAAAUCUUCAUAUGGUGGUGUGAAAAAGUCUUUGGGAGCAGGAAAAUCAAGAGGAAUAUUUGGAAAGUUUGUUUCUCCUGUAUCUAAGCAAGAUGGAGAUGAACAGAACGAAAGAGUGAAGUACAAGCCCACUAAGGCAGAGUCAACAGAAACAGCACACCUCAUUGAUGACCAUCUGAAGAAUGUGGAGCCAAGGAUGAUUGAACUUAUUAUGAAUGAAAUUAUGGACCAUGGGCCUCCAGUGCAGUGGGAAGAUAUUGCUGGGGUAGAAUUUGCCAAAGCCACAAUAAAGGAAAUUGUAGUAUGGCCCAUGAUGAGGCCUGAUAUCUUUACUGGAUUACGAGGGCCCCCUAAAGGAAUUCUGCUCUUUGGCCCUCCAGGGACUGGUAAAACUCUGAUUGGCAAAUGCAUUGCUAGUCAGUCUGGAGCAACAUUCUUUAGCAUCUCUGCUUCAUCUUUGACUUCUAAGUGGGUAGGUGAGGGGGAGAAAAUGGUCCGUGCAUUGUUUGCUGUUGCAAGGUGUCAUCAGCCAGCCGUGAUAUUUAUUGAUGAAAUUGAUUCUUUAUUGUCUCAAAGAGGAGAUGGUGAACAUGAAUCUUCUAGAAGGAUAAAAACAGAAUUUUUAGUUCAGUUAGAUGGAGCAACCACAUCUUCUGAAGACCGUAUUCUAGUGGUGGGAGCCACAAAUCGGCCUCAAGAGAUUGAUGAGGCUGCCCGGAGAAGAUUGGUGAAAAGGCUUUAUAUUCCCCUCCCAGAAGCUUCAGCCAGGAAACAGAUAGUAGUUAAUCUCAUGUCCAAGGAACCGUGUUGCCUCAGUGAUGAAGAAAUUGAACUGGUGGUGCAGCAAUCUGAUGGGUUUUCUGGAGCAGAUAUGACACAGCUGUGCAGAGAGGCUUCUCUUGGUCCUAUUCGAAGUUUGCACACUGCUGAUAUUGCUACUAUAAGCCCAGAUCAAGUUAGACCAAUAGCUUAUAUUGAUUUUGAAAAUGCUUUUAAAACUGUGCGACCUAGUGUUUCUCCAAAAGACUUGGAGCUUUAUGAAAACUGGAAUGAAACAUUUGGUUGUGGAAAGUGAACACAGCAAUUGAGAGGAGAAGCUGGCAUCUAAUAGUAACAGUACUUUUACCCUUAGCAUAGGAAGCUUGGGGUAUGCUACUUGUAUUGUUGUGGAGUAUAUCCUGAAUUCUGUGCCUCAGAUUAG